AUUUUCAUGUGAAAGUGUGGGGAAAGCUGGCUAGAUAUCGCAUACGAUGCAGAUAUUUAUAUAGAAUAGAAACAGCAUAAGAUUCAUCCUAUGCUGUGUCUAGAUGCGGUAUCUAGCCAGUGAUAAGUCUGUAGUACAGUCUACGCACUACGCAGUAGCGUCAUUCAGUGCACACAGAUGAACGGUCCAAACACGAACCGUGACGUAAACCAAACAUCAACGAGCCAGUCUGUUUUCGUGCCAGCUGUACGAGGCCGCGUAGUUAUAACAUUCUAUUAGUUUUUAAUUAAAAUUUGUUUUCAAUUACUACGACGGUGUCUGAAUUACCUAUAUAGACGCGCACAUGUGUGAUUUUGUUCGAAAAAGUGAUUGCGAUUCGGUUCGGUGAAAAAUGCUUAUGUUCACAAUUGGAUUCCAUUUGUUUUGUUGGAUCACCUUCACGGGGGCAUCACCGUUAUUUCUCACUCCGUACAUCAAAAACAACACGGCAUCUGAAGGCAGACGCCUAUCUUCAGUAGACCAGAGUCAGUUUCUAAACGUUACCAGCUAUUCAGGCUAUAUAACUGUUGACGAGGAAUACAAAUCUCAUCUGUUCUUCUGGUUCUUCCCCGUCGCUAAUGCGAAUGUGAGCGAGACUCCUCUCAUCAUCUGGCUGCAAGGAGGCCCUGGAGGAACCAGCCUUCUGGGCACGUUUUUGGAAAUAGGGCCCUUUGGAAUUAAUGAAUCCGGGACUUUACAACCGCGGCCAUCAUCAUGGGGAGUGAACCAUUCGCUCCUCUUCAUAGACAACCCCGUGGAGACCGGCCUAAGCUUCAGCGAGACCAAACACUAUUCCACUAAUUUAGACACAUGUGCUGAACAUCUUUACAAGUUCCUGCAACAGUUCCUGACAGUUUAUCCUGAAGUGAGGGCUGCGCCACUGUUCAUUGCCGGGGAAUCGUAUGGCGGUCGCUAUGUCCCGGCCUUCGCUAAAAAGGUGUAUGACAAUAUGGAGCGCGAUGGCGAACGAAAAAUCAACUUACAGGGUUUGAUAAUGGGUAACCCGCUUUUCAAUUACGCUGACACAGCCAACAUUUCCCAGAUAUUCUACCAAUGGGGUCUCGUUGAUCAACAGGGCCUCCGCUCUGUCAAAGAUUUGCAAGAGCGUUAUUUUGCAGCGUUAAAAAAUAACGCCAGUAACGCUCAAGAGCUACACGAUAAAUUACUGGAUAGCCUUCAAGAUCUGUCUCUUCAUGAAACACUAUUUAAUGUUUUGGAAUACGAUCCGCAGCUGAAUUUAACUGCAGUCACACAAUACGUGAACAAAAAAGAAUUCAAGGAAAAAGUCCAUGGGAUUGAAAAAGAAAUACUUUAUUUAAAUGGAGAUGUCGCAAAUUCUUUGAGGAAAGAUUUUCUAUUAAAUAUGGAUUCGGCUAUGACAUUUCUGCUGGAGCACUACAGGAUACUUAUUUACUGUGGUCAGCUGGAUUUGGUGCAGCCGUGUGUGCCCAACGCAGAGGGUCGGCGCAGGAACUGGCAUUGGAGCAAGCGUUCAGAGUUUUUGAACGCACAUCGAAUACCUAUCGUGAUGCCCCCUUCCGAAGUCGCCGGAUAUUUCAAGAGUGGUGGAGGCCUCACUGAGGUUUUAAUCAGUGGUGCCGGUCAUCUUGUUCCCAUAGAUAAGCCCAGAGAGGCCCAACUGAUCGUAACCUCCUUCAUCAAGGCAGAAGAACCACCUUCAAAACCCCUACAACUAGAUUUCAAUGACAUACCAAACUUGGAUAUGGAUUCACCGAUUUUAAACAAUUCAACACAAAGGCCUAAUAAUAUUAAUAAUACGAGUAUCAAAAAACCUGACACAAGUAGUACCACAGUGAGUAGUACAUUGGGAACUAAUAUUUUAAAGACUGUAAGUAGCAAUCCUUGGAACACUGUGAGUUGGGUUUUUAACUGUAUUUUGAUAGUUGGUAUUAUUGUUUGUGGUGUGCUUUAUGUUAAACAUAAAAGGCGGUACCGGGAUUACCUACUUAAUGAUGAAGAUUCUCUUAAUAACGCUAUGCUCACUAUGUCAUAAUAAGCUGUGACGCGUGUGGAAAGCUAUUGCAACGCCAAAGAAUCUAAUAGCCGAAGUGAUCUUGCUAAAACCUACUCUAAGCCGUUUCACCUGCAUUGCAGUUCGAUUAUGUCUUGAAAAGAAUUUAAUACAUUAUAUAUUGUUGUUUCAAAAGUUUUAUACUAUUUCCAUCAAAGUACUUUUUCAUUGAGUGAAAUACCUACUCAAAAGUACAAUUCCAGGUUGUUUUAUAUCAGAUUAAAAUUUAAUACAAAAUGGUAGGUUGUAAUUUCCGCUAAGUACCUAUCCGAACAUUAUGUACUUUUAGUCUUCCAUCAUCCGAAGACUUAAAAUUUGUAUGUUUAUAAGAAUGUUGUUUAGAUCAUAUGUUUUUGAUAAUUAAAUUCUCAUAUUUGGUUCCCGGUACGAAUCUAUCUCUUUCAUCCUCGCCACCAUAUUACAUUUUGAAGAUUUGGCUAUGCUUUUACAACCGGCUGCCUGACGUCAACCCUCUUUGGGGGUGCUAUUGUUACCUAUCAGCUUUUAAGACAUGUGUAUGAUAUGCAACGGCAGGCUUUGGUGUGGUCCUAUUCUAGGGCGGGAACACACGAAUCUAUCUCAAUAAAAGAAAUAUUUUUUGAAAGAUAAAACACUGGGGUAGGCACCAAUAUUGAUUUGAGAUUUAUUGAUCUUUACCUAAUUGAAUGUUGUUCUUGUUAUAAGUAUACUACUUUUAUCGAUUGUGUAUUUCAAUUAAUUUAGAUACAAUGUCUAUUGAAAAUAAGAGAAACACCACGUUAAAACUUGGUUGUGAAAAUCAUAUAAAUUUAGAUAGGUAUUUAGGCUGUGUUCAAUGUAUUGUAUUGAUAUGAAUUAUAUUUUUACAGUUUGUGAUAAAAAAAAUAUUGUCCUAGAGUACGAA